AUGUCAGACCUCGACGUCACCGCCGAGAAUGUUGCCGAAAUCCUCCAGAACGAUCGCAUGGUCAAGGUCGCGGGGAUCGACGUGGAUGGUCAGCUGCGCGGCAAGCUUAUGAAGAAGAGCAAGUUCCUCUCGAUUGUAUCUGAGGGGUUCGGCUUUUGCUCUGUUAUCUUCGGCUGGGACCAACAUGAUCAAACCUACUACAAGGAGCUAGCAAUCAGCAACAAGGAGAACGGAUAUCGCGACUUGGUUGCCAUCCCGGACCUACGCAGCUUUCGUCGCAUUCCAUGGGAGAACAAUGUCCCGUUCUUCCUAGUCAGUUUCUUCGAUCCUGACACGCGGGAGCCGGUGUGUGCCUGCCCGCGUGGGCUGUUAAAGACUGCAGCUGCAAAGGCAGAGGCUGCGGGGUAUCGUGCAAUGGCUGGAGCUGAGUAUGAGUUCUACCAGUUCCGCGCCCCGAGCGAUCAUCCGGCACCCGAACGAGCUGCUUCGUCGACGGCGACCUUCCUCCAGACGAACCCAGUUGAUGCAUUGCCCUCAUUGACAGAGGGGAUGUUCGGAUACUCCCUCACGCGGCCCCUCCAUAACCAAGAUUAUUACUAUGGCAUCUAUGACGCCUGCGAGCAAUUCCGCUGCGAUAUUGAAGGGUGGCACACCGAGAGUGGACCAGGCGUGUUCGAGGCUGCAUUACAAUUUGGCGAGGCCAAGGACAUGGCGGACAAGGCAGGCUUGUUCAAAUAUGUCGUCAAGGCCUACGGCAUUAAGCACGGCAUUACCCCAUGUUUCAUGGCCAAACCACGCCAGGGACUGCCCGGGAACAGCGGGCACAUGCACAUCUCCCUUGUGACAGCCGACGGGAAGAACGCCUUCAUUCGCGACACCCCCGAUCCCUCCCCGCAGUACCCGGACAUCGCACAUCUGUCCGAUCUCGGGCGGCAUUUCCUGGCAGGGCUGCUGGUCGGCCUGCCGGAUAUCAUGCCGCUCGUCGCGCCGACCGUUAACUCCUACAAACGCCUAGUCGAGAACUUCUGGGCCCCCGUCACCGUGUCUUGGGGUUUAGAGCACCGUGCUGCCUCUAUCCGGCUGAUCACCCCACCAACCGCCAGCGCUAAAGCAACCCGGUUUGAAGUCCGUGUGCCUGGCGCAGACGCUAAUCCACACUUUGUCCUUGCAGCUGUGAUGGCUUUAGGCUGGCGUGGUGUUGAGAAAAAACUAGAGAUUCCUGUACCACCUCUGUCGAAGGGCGAGGAUAUGGGCGGCGCAAGCGACCAAGGCGUGCGACUCGCCAAGUCUCUAAAGGAGGCAGUCGUUACGUUUAUGCGUCCAGAAAGUAUUGCACGGGAAGUGUUCGGGGACGCAUUUGUCGAUCAUUUUGGAGGUACUCGAGAGCACGAAGUGCGUCUAUGGGAAGAGGCCGUGACCGAUUGGGAGGUCCGGCGGUAUAUCGAGACCGUAUAG